GAGCUCACAUCUCCGGGCCUCAUGCCGGGAAGGAAGGGUGGGGAGGAGGAAUGAGUACGUUCCGGCGGGUGGGCGCGCGGGGCCGGGACCUAGGGCUCUGCGGGAGCCCCGGGAGGACGGCGAAGCUUUUGGAGUCAGUCCCUGCGCGCCCCGCAUGCCGGACCGGCCGAGUGAACGGCCGCCUGCCCAUCGGUCGAGUGUCGCACGCUUUCUUUUAGGUUCCAGCCAGGGCGCCUUCCUCUGCCCUGUUCAGAGCGGGACUCCAAAGGGCUGCCGCUCUCCUGUCUCCACUUCCUCUCCUCCUAUUAAGGGUUUUCUUUUCCGAAGUGAAUGUGUCUCUUGAGAUGUAACACACAGACAGAAAAGUGCACAAAUCAUGAGCACACAGCCCAACCAGUUUAACAAAGCGAACAGCCCGUGUGACUGCCGUGAACUUAGAACAUCACAGCCCCCAGGAGACCCCGACCGCUCCCCCUUCCAGCCCCUCAUCCUCCCAGUGCCCAAGGGUAAGGCGGACUGCUUUGGCCUGUCUGGAACCUCACUGAAUGGAACCACAGGCGGUACUUUUUCCUGUGCUUUGCUUACAUUGUGCCUGUGAGCCCUCCAUGUUGCUGGCAGCAGCAGCUCAUCCUUUUCAUUGCUGCAUAGUGUUUUAGGAAGGUGUUUACCAGAAUUGACUUGUUCUACAGUUGAAGGGCAUUUGGGUGCCUCUCUUCUUUGGCCAUUACGGGCACAUGGCUCUGCGCAUUGUUGCUGGGUCUUGCCUUGCAGCACCUGUAUCCAUAGGUGUCAGUCGGGUAUGUACCUGGGGGUGGCGUUGCCUCUGGUUUUCUCCCGUUCCAGUCAGACUCUCACCCCCACCAUUCCCACAAAUGAGCUCUGUCAUGUCCCCAGUGGCCCUUAUGAUGCCACGUGCAGUGGUGCAUCCUCAUCUGAACUGAUCUCUCUGCAGCCUGUGACACAACUGACUGCUGACGCCUUGAGACCUCCUCCCACCUGGCUUCUAGGACACCUCUCGGCCUCUUCCUUUGUCACAGUGUCCCUUCUGAGUCCCCUUGGCUGUAUCCUGCUCAUUUCCAACACCAGACAGACGCUGGAGCACUUCAGGGCUCGGGCCAUGCCCCUGCCUUGUCCCUGUCCAUGCUCGCUUCCCAGGGUGCCCAUCUCAGUCAGGCUCAUGGCUCUGCCACCCUUACCUGGGCACGGGCCCACAGUGACAUCUCCAGACACGCAUGUCCACCUGCCACUCGUUCAGCACUCAGACAUGUAAAAUGCACCUCAAAUUUAACAUCUGACAUAGAAAACCAAGCUGCUGACCCCCCAGAGCUGCCCCUCGCACUCCCCCGCAGUCUUAGUACAUGAAACUCCCUCCUCUGCUGCACGGCCCACAGGCAAACCUUACUGCCUGGUUUUCACAGUACAUCCCAGAUCUGCCCGCUCAUCACCCCCUCCUGCUGACACCCUGAUCCCAGCCACCAGGGGCCCUCCUACAACAGCCAAGGCGGACUCACCAGCCACCCUCUGCCAGAGCCUCUGGGAAAGCCCUCCUGCCCAAGGCGAGGCCCGCAACCCCCUCGCGCCUGCGGGGCCUUCGUGCUUGCUCCUCCUCCUCAUACCGCACGGCUCUCUGUCCCACUUCCUGCAGCCUCUGCCCCGAUGUCACCUCUCAGGUGGCCUUCCCCACGUCCUACUCUUUCUUCUUGCACGGUCCGUGUCUGUCUGGUGGACCGGCUGUCUCCCUGUUCUAGAAUGUAGGCUCCGUGAGGGCGGGGCUGUCUCUCCCACUCCUGCUUCCCCAGCACCGGAGCCGGAAUGGAGGCCCACCUGGUGGCCUACCUGGCAGAUGUGGCUCGGGGAGCAGGUUGCUUGGGCUCUUUGGCCACGUUAACGGUCUCAGGAUGCCGUCUACAGCCACGACUGCGAAGUAGAUGUGGUUUAACAGAACGAGGCUACUGAAGUUUCCAGGCUGUCCAGUAAAAUGCCGUGUGGGGAUGUGAAAGGCCCCUGGGACCCUGAAAUGCUGCUGCGUUCAGUGCCGCGAAUCCCUCGCGCCUCCUUGCUGUGCCCCCAGGUUCCCGUUCAGCCGCCCAGAGCUGCUGAAGGAAUGGGUGCUGAACAUCGGCCGGGGCGACUUCGAGCCCAAGCAGCACACGGUCAUCUGCUCCGAGCACUUCCGGCCCGAGUGCUUCAGCGCCUUUGGGAACCGCAAGAACCUGAAGCACAACGCGGUGCCCACGGUGUUCGCCUUCCAGGGCCCCCCACAGAUGCCGUGGAAGCAGCUGAUGGGCGAGGGUGCCGAGAGCUCCGUCCUUCCGUGGGCUUGAGGGCGGCGGAGACCUUCCUGGCCGCACCACACUCAGACCUCGUCCGCCUCUUGCUCGUUGCCAGCCCGGGCUCGGGGGCCUGUGGCCGAGGACCUGCCACCUGCCAGGUCCCCGUUAAGGUCCUCCUGUGGCUGCUCCGCGCCGGCUCGGAGCCCUGUCCGGGGCGCAGGAGGACGAUGCAGGCAGAGCGCUGGUGGGGACGGGGACAGCGGGGCAGAGGCUUGGCGGUGGCGGGGAUUUGGGUGCACGCAGCAGCAGCAGCAGCGGCUCAGGCUGGUUGGAGGGCGCUGGGGCCAGUUGGUGACGGGCGCGGACAGGUGGAACCCCACACCCCAUCCCAUUCAAUCAGUGUGGUUACUGUCACGCAUCUGUGGUAAACUGCUCGCCCUGAAGUCAGCCAUUACAGGUUAACAGCUGGGGGGGCGUCGGUGGCCCUGCUCCUUGGCGCCUCCGGUGCCUAGGGGUGGGGAGAGUUGUUUCUGGCGCCCGCGGCCCCAGCUCAGCUCUGAUGAGGUCUGGGGGCUGCAGGCUCUGAGCUGGAUGUUUCCCACUAUGUGGCUGCCACUCUGAGUCACCUACUGUGCACCUUGAAGAGUGCCAGGCCCUGGGGCAACACGUACAAAUCAGACAGGUCCCUGGCUUCACCGGGCCUCUGACCCGAGAUUGGGAACACCUUCGGAGAAGGAAGGGAGCCGGGGAUGGUGAGAGGAGAGCUGGGCUGGGUUCUGGGUGCAGUUUACUUGAGCCUCAGCCGGCGGAGCGUGAGGACAAAGACGCACGAGGCCUGGCGCGGGCUCUCGGGGCGCGGACCUCCUGCCCGUACCCCGGGGCCCGUCUGCAGCAGCUCCGUGUCU